AUGAUUACACGCCUUUCAAGAGCCUGUUUGAGGCGAUCAGGCGCUAACCGCUGGAAAAGCGAACUGUACCAUAAUCCCUCGUUUUCUUCUCAAUUUUCUACAUCAUGCAUUGCUUUGCAUCCAAACAUUGGUCCUUUUCGAUAUUCACAAGCUCUUUCACGGGGUAAAGACUCGAAAAAUGAAAAAGUACCUAAAAAUGACAGUGAAACAAAAAAGUCGCCGUCAUCAGAGAAUGAGUCUUCAAAACAGAAAGAGCUUCAGUCUCAUAAGCAGACCUUAAAAAAGAAUCCGGAACGGAAAAAAGAUGAAGAAAAUACAGAAGCAAUCAAAACUUUUGUUAGAUCAUCUUCCAGUAACGCGAAGGACGAAAAAGAACAAGCUAAUGAUUCUUUUAGUUUGGAAACUUCUGGAAAAAAGAAAGACACGUCUAAAAAUGCUAUACCAGAAGUAUAUCCUCAAUUGCUAGCUUUACCUAUCGUGCGAAGGCCAUUGUUCCCGGGCUUUUACAAAGCAAUUGUCACUAAGGAUCCUUCUGUUUCAGAGGCCAUCAAGGAAUUAAUAAAGAAAAGGCAACCCUAUAUUGGUGCUUUCCUUCACAAGGACGAAAAUGCAGAUACCGAUGUAAUUACAGAUGUAAACCAAGUUUAUCCGGUCGGUGUUUUUGCUCAAAUUACAAGUAUUUUUCCUACAAAAAAUGCGGGUGAAACAGCCUUAACAGCUGUUCUUUAUCCCCAUAGACGUAUACGCAUCACAGAAUUAAUGCCUCCUAAGGUUCACAUCACUCCUAGCGCUGACUCCAAAGAGCUCAAACAAGCAGACGGGUCCGAAGAAUUAACUACUGCUGACAAUAGCAAAGGUGAUUCUAAAUUGGAAAGUACAGCUUCCAUGUUACAGGACUAUAAUGUUUCUGUGGUGAAUGUCGAAAAUAUUCACAAUCUUCCUUUCAAUCGCCAAAAUCCAGUAAUAAAAGCACUCACUGGCGAAAUUAUGAGCACUUUUAAAGAGAUUGCGACCUUAAGUCAUAUUUUCCGUGAACAAAUUGCCAAUUUUUCGAUUUCAACAGGAACAAACAAUGUUUUUGAUGAACCUGCUAGAUUGGCGGACUUUACUGCUGCGGUUUGCUCUACUGCUCUUCAGGACUUACAAGGUGUCUUGGAAGCUCAGAAUAUUGAAGAGCGAUUAGAAAAAGCUUUAAUAAUUCUAAAGCAAGAACUUAUUAAUGCUCAACUGCAAAGUAAGAUUAGCAGAGAUGUUGAACAAAAACUGUCUCAGCGCCAGAAAGAAUUUAUAUUAAUGGAGCAAAUGAAGGGAAUAAAGAGAGAACUCGGCCAUGAUGACCCUAAAGAGGCAUUACUCAAUGAAUUCAGAAGAAGAGCCGAGGAGACAGAAAUGCCUGAACAUGUGAAUAAAGUUUUUAAGGAAGAGCUUUCUAAAUUUCAACAUCUAGAACCAAUGGCUGCUGAGUACAAUGUUACUCGCAAUUAUUUAGACUGGAUAACUCAAUUACCAUGGGGUAAAAAGUCUUCGGAAAACUUCAACAUUCAAUACGCUAGGGAUAUAUUGGAUAGGGAUCAUUAUGGUUUAAAAGACGUGAAAGACCGCAUUCUCGAACUUGUUGCAGUCGGAAAAUUAAGAGGUACCAUGCAAGGAAGAAUUAUUUGCCUAGUAGGGCCUCCUGGUGUCGGUAAAACAUCUGUUGGUAAAUCAAUUGCUUCUGCAUUGAAUCGAGAAUUCUUUAGAUUUAGUGUUGGUGGCUUAACCGACGUUGCUGAAAUUAAAGGACACCGUCGUACUUAUAUUGGGGCGAUGCCUGGCAAGGUAGUACAAGCUUUGAAGAAGGUACAAACCGAAAAUCCCUUAAUUUUAAUUGAUGAAAUCGAUAAAGUUGGAAAAAGUCAUCAAGGAGAUCCACAUAGUGCUUUACUUGAGCUUUUAGACUCUGAGCAAAAUUCGGCUUUUUUGGACCAUUAUAUGGAUAUGACUUUAGACGCCUCCUCAGUUUUGUUCGUUUGCACUGCCAAUACUGUAGAUACAAUACCUCCUCCUUUGCUAGAUCGAAUGGAACUUAUUGAAGUAUCAGGUUAUGUGGAGGCAGAAAAGCUUCACAUUGCUAGAGAUUAUUUAAUUCCCCAAACGAAGAAAAAUUGCGGAUUGAAGGAUGCAAACGUAACAAUGUCUGACAAUGCGAUUAGAGGCUUAAUUCAAUUUUACUGUCACGAAAGCGGCGUACGGAACCUAAAGAAAUCCAUUGAAAAAAUAUUCCGGAAAACUUCAUUUCAAAUUGUCCAGAAUAUUGGAGAUAAGAAGGAAGGCCCUGUUAAAGAAGCACAAGAAAGUUCAACCAAUAAAGAGCACGAUGAAGCAGGAAGUACAGACCAAACUGCUGAUAGUUCAUCUGUUGUUCCCCUUGAUGUACCAAACGAAAUUAAGGUUGAUAUAGACGAAAAGGAUUUGAUUGACUAUCUUGGCCCUCCAAUACACACCUCACCUCGUCUUUAUGAUAGGACGCCAAACGGUGUAGUUAUGGGUUUAGCUUGGACUCCAAUGGGUGGUGUUCCAUUGUACGUUGAAACUAUAGUUAAAAACAACUUGUCUGCUGCUUCUGCUCCUUCGUUAGAAAGAACUGGCCAACUUGGUGAUGUUAUGAAAGAAUCUUCAGAGUUAUCCUACUCCUUCUGUAAAAGCUUCUUAUCUAAGAAUUUCCCAAAAAAUAGGUUUUUUGAACAUGCUCGUUUGCAUAUGCACUGUCCAGAAGGAUCUAUAUCAAAAGAUGGCCCGUCUGCUGGUAUUACCAUGGCUACCUCAUUACUAUCUUUAGCCUUAAGCACGCCUGUACCCGCUACUACUGCAAUGACAGGUGAGCUAACCUUAACUGGCAAAGUUCUUCGGAUCGGUGGUUUGAGAGAGAAAGCUGUUGCAGCCAAGUUAUCGGGUAUAAAAGAAAUUUUAUUUCCAAAAGGUAAUAUAGCCGAUUGGGAACAACUUCCUGAUUAUGUCAAGGAAGGCUUAAGAGGUGUUCCUGUUGAAUGGUAUGACGAUGUAUUUAAGAAGAUUUUCCCUCAUGUCAACAUUGAGGAAUGUAACAAUCUUUGGCCUACUUUAAUGACUAGUGCUUCUAGUCAAAAGUAG